ACGACGAAACAUGAACGGUUCGCUCGCUUUGGUUGAAACGGCGUCGCUAGGUCCUCCUAUCCGGUUCUCUGGCUCACCCCAAUGGCGAGUGGCGACCGAGCUACAGGUGCUGCCUAUCUUUCUUCGACGACAAAACAAUGGGGACGGUGUCACCGCUCCCGCUCUGUAUCUCUUGUUUAUGGAGUCCCUCUCUACCCUCUUCGCGAACCCACCUUCUCUCGCCAUCCGCAUCUUCUUCUCGCGGGAAAGCAGCGACGGGAAAUUGUCGACACAGAGCCACGGUGUUCGCCAGCGGCCCGAAUGAGCGGAACGAGUCCAUGUUCAUCGACGAAAACGGCGUCGUCGACGACAUGGAUGGGUAUUUGAACUAUCUCUCCCCCGAGUACGAGUCUGUAUGGGACACCAAGCCUUCCUGGUGUCAGCCUUGGACAAUAACAUUGACAGGAAUGUUAGCGAUCGCCGGUAGCUGGCUAACUUUGCAUUCAAUGUUGGUGACGACAAUUGUAUCUUUGCUAAUAUGCUUAUGGUGGUACAGCUUCCUUUACUCUUACCCUAAGGCUUACACGAACAUGAUUGCCGAGAGAAGAAAGAGGGUGAGAAGUGGUGCCGAGGAUACAUUUGGUUUGACAAAGGCUGAUGGUAUAGACCAAACCUCCAACUGAUUAAUGUCAAAAGCAUCUCAUGGAAUGAAAGAUCUGUAUUCAACGUGAGCGGAAAAUGUUCUUCUUCUCUUCAUUUUUUGCAUAGAUGCUAAAGUUUAUAGUCGGUAGUAUUGUAUAAUUGUGGUGCAAUGAAGAAAAAUACAUUUAGCUCUUUCAUGUCUCGAGAAAAUGUUGAAUAAUGAUUUUAGGUUGGAGAUGGCAUGAAUUACAAGAACUGCAAAUUUCUGGGGAAGUUGGGUUUGGAUUUCAUAAAUGAAAAACCUUGAAAAGUUAGGAA